GGAGGCGGCGGGAGGCGGAGGAGGCGGCGGCGGCGAUGGAGGUGAAGCGGCUGAAAGUGACCGAGCUGCGGUCGGAGCUGCAGCGGCGGGGCCUUGAUUCGCGCGGCCUCAAGAUGGAUCUGGCGCAGCGGCUUCAGGAGGCGCUAGAUGCUGAGAUGCUGGAGGACGAGGCCGGCGUUGGCGGGGCCGGGCCCGGCGGGGCCUGCAAGGCGGAGCCUCGGCCUGUGGCCGCGUCGGGCGGAGGCCCGGGCGGGGACGACGACGACGAGGACGACGACGACGACGAGGAGGACGAGGAGGCGCUGCUUGAGGACGAAGACGAGGAGCCACCUCCCGCUCAAGCUUUGGGCCAGGCCGCGCAGCCGCCUCCGGAGCCCCCGGAGGCGUCAGCCAUGGAGGCCGAACCCGAAUCUUCCGACACACCGGCGGAGGCCACGGCCGGGUCAGGUGGGGUAAACGGUGGUGAAGAGCAUGACACCGGCAAGGGGGAGGAAGACGGGCCGGAGGAACGGAGCGGGGAUGAGACGCCGGGAUCCGAGGCACCGGGUGACAAGGCCACAGAGGAACAAGGAGAUGACCAGGAUAGUGAAAAGUCAAAACCAGCAGGCUCAGAUGGUGAGCGGCGGGGGGUAAAGAGACAGCGGGAUGAGAAGGAUGAACAUGGCCGAGCUUACUAUGAAUUCCGAGAGGAGGCUUACCACAGCCGCUCGAAGUCCCCACCACCUCCAGAAGAAGAAGCAAAAGAUGAAGAGGAGGAUCAGACGCUUGUGAACCUGGACACGUAUACCUCGGAUCUCCAUUUUCAAAUAAGCAAAGACCGAUAUGGAGGGCAGCCACUUUUCUCAGAAAAAUUUCCUACCCUUUGGUCAGGGGCAAGAAGUACUUAUGGAGUAACAAAGGGAAAAGUAUGCUUUGAGGCCAAGGUAACACAGAAUCUCCCAAUGAAAGAAGGCUGCACAGAAGUUUCUCUCCUUAGAGUUGGGUGGUCUGUUGAUUUUUCCUGUCCACAGCUUGGUGAAGAUGAAUUUUCUUAUGGUUUUGAUGGAAGAGGACUCAAGGCAGAGAAUGGACAAUUUGAAGAAUUUGGCCAGACUUUUGGGGAGAAUGAUGUCAUUGGCUGUUUUGCUAAUUUUGAGACUGAAGAAGUAGAGCUUUCCUUCUCCAAGAAUGGAGAAGACCUGGGUGUGGCAUUCCGGAUCAGCAAGGAGUCUCUGGCAGAUCGAGCCCUUCUACCCCAUGUCCUGUGUAAGAAUUGUGUUGUAGAAUUAAACUUCGGUCAGAAGGAGGAGCCCUUUUUCCCACCACCAGAAGAGUUUGUGUUCAUCCAUGCUGUGCCUGUUGAGGAGCGUGUGCGGACUGCAGUUCCUCCCAAGACCAUAGAGGAGUGUGAGGUGAUUCUGAUGGUGGGACUUCCUGGAUCUGGAAAGACCCAGUGGGCACUAAAAUAUGCAAAAGAAAACCCUGAGAAAAGAUACAAUGUCCUGGGAGCUGAAACUGUGCUCAGUCAAAUGAGGAUGAAGGGGCUGGAGGAACCAGAGAUGGACCCCAAGAGCCGAGACCUCUUAGUUCAGCAAGCCUCCCAGUGCCUUAGUAAGCUGGUCCAGAUUGCUUCCCGAUCAAAGAGGAACUUCAUUCUUGAUCAGUGUAAUGUCUACAACUCUGGCCAACGAAGGAAGUUAUUGCUGUUCAAGACCUUCUCCAGAAAAGUGGUGGUAGUAGUCCCUAAUGAGGAAGAUUGGAAGAAGAGGCUGGAAUUGAGGAAAGAAGUGGAGGGAGAUGAUGUGCCUGAGUCUAUAAUGCUGGAGAUGAAAGCCAACUUCUCUCUGCCUGAGAAAUGCGACUAUAUGGAUGAGGUGACAUAUGGGGAGCUGGAAAAAGAGGAAGCCCAACCCAUUGUUACUAAAUACAAGGAGGAAGCAAGGAAGCUGCUGCCCCCCUCUGAGAAGCGGACAAACCGCAGGAACAACCGGAACAAGAGAAACCGGCAGAACCGAAGCCGAGGCCAAGGCUAUGUGGGCGGGCAGCGCCGAGGCUACGACAACCGGGCCUACGGGCAGCAGUACUGGGGGCAGUCUGGAAACAGAGGGGGCUACCGUAAUUUCUAUGAUCGAUACAGGGGUGACUAUGAUCGAUUCUACGGACGAGAUUAUGAGUACAACAGAUACAGAGACUAUUACAGACAAUACAACCGGGAUUGGCAGAAUUACUACUACCACCACCAACAGGACAGAGACCGAUACUACAGGAACUACUACGGUUACCAAGGGUAUCGGUGAAGCCCCUGCUGUUUUCACCUGUCAGCCAUGAAGCUGAGUCUCUGGGGGUGCCAGGCACCCCCCAAAACACAACCAAGGAAAA